AUGGAUCCCGCCGACGGAAUUGCACCUAUCCAAAUAAGGAAGAUGCGAAACGACUUUGUCAGAUGCAUCAUCAAAGAUGAGGAGUUCAAAAAAAAAGAUGAAAAAAAAAAAGAAAUAGUUAAGUAUUGUAAAAGCUACAAAGAUUUUUGCAACAUCGUUAGUUCAGUAAAUAUGAAGCCAGUUAGGACAUACGAGCAGAAAGUAUCUUAUGAGGAUUACAUCAACUUGAAUCUAUCCUCCUCAAAAUCCCAAAUGGAAUCUACUAAAAGGAGAAACAGACGGAGCCAAAAUUAUGAGCUCAUGAAUUUCUUUCACAUUAAUAGCCCCCUCCAAGUACCCUCUCCGGAGGAAAUCGAACAGAGGAAAUCUGCGCAGGAGAUUCGCCAACUGUUAACCAUGCUCCGGGACAAGCAAAAGGAUUACGUCAAUUUUGUAAAACGCAACUACACCUCCGAUGAACUGACCGAUGUGCUUGAUCUUAUAAGGAGAAAAUGGGAUGACAUUUUUCAGCCCAAUCCUGCAGAUGACCCUAAAAUGGAAAAAACUCCCCCGAAAUUUCUUAAUUUGGCAAGCUUCCUCAUUCAUUUGGUGGAUCAUUGGAAGAAGCACAACCUCUCCGCUUACUUCACGCAGGAUGAACUAAACAAUAUCAAUUUAAACCUCCAAGAUAUUAUUGGGAAAAUGGAAAAAACGGCUUCUACGUAUUAUGGUGAUGACAUUGGCGAAGCGAGCAUAAUGAUAAAUCAACUUAAGAUGAUUCAUCUUUAG